CCUAAUUGUUGUGAUAAACUUAUUAAAUAGAAAACUAUGGACUCUGACGAAGAUUUAAUAAAUAUACUGGACAAUGUGUCGAAGUCAUGUACAUCUGCUGUACGGAAAAAAGAGAAAGCUGAAAUGUCACAUGGCGAUAACCAGUUGUUUUCAUAUGAUCAGAGCAAAAAAUCAAAUAAGUCUAAUAGCUUAUUAGAAGACCUGCUAGACGAGUUCACAGAACCUCUCAACGGAGAUGUCAAAACUACUAGCUCGUCAGGGUACUCCAUUCCCAGCUAUUCUUCUAGUGCAAAUCAAAGCCCAAUUAUUACUAGCCAAUCAGAGUGCAAACAGAGCAGCUGUGCCACCCCCAAAUUAGGAGGAGUUUCCACUGAAGAAGAGAAAACAGCGAAAAUGGGUGGGUGUGUGAGGCUACACUGUGUCAAGUGUGACAAUAGAGUUGUGAGUUUCGCCCACAAGGAAUGGGUUGAGGACAGUUGCGACUACCUCUUCUUCCGAAACUCCUACCCGGAUCAGCAGAGGCUGCAGAAAGCGUGGAGGCAGAAGAAGGGAUGGGGGGCCUACUGUUGUCAGUGCAAUUGGAUCUCAGUCAACUCUCUCACUCUUGUCAGUUCAGUCAAAGAUCUGAAGUGGAUUUGCUCUAAACACUGCUGAACAGACACUUUAACCAGACAUACAUUCACUCACGACACAGCAUAGAUAAGCAAGAAAUGGGAGAAAAAUUAUCAUCACAUAGAAUCCAGGAAUCGCAGCCUCUGCUUUUCGAUUAAAAUAGUUGUAGUCCUUAGAAAUUUAUAUUCGCCAUUUCACGAUGUCUUUUGGAGAAGAGCUUGACUUUGAGUUAAUUGAUUGUAAAUUACCAAAUUUUAUUAAGAGUCAGUUUUUUUUUCUGAUUAAUUACGUUAAUUGACUCUUUUCCAACUGUCUGUUGGCUAUGUUUUACUUAAUUUAUUGUUUUCGUUUGCUGCUUUCAAGUUCAAUGAAUCGAAUCAGAACUGAUUUGGAUCAUGGUUUUUUUCAUGUUACGCUUUACAUAUUGGUUAAAAAUCAUAAUCGUGAGGACAAAAAGUUAAGUUGGUCAAUAUUUCUUGAAAUAAUGAUAGAAAUUUUUCUGAUUCAUUCUGGAGCUUGAAAUUUUGUUGGCUUUACGUGCAAUGCACCACGCCGUUGUAAAUUGUACAUAUAUACAUAUUAGUUCACUGUAUAUUGCGCGCUGUUGAUAUGCUCAUGUUUUUGGUGCCAAUUGUCACUUAUCUAGAGCCCAGCAUUUAAUUUAAUUGUCCUACAAUCA